AUGAUAAAAGGUUCUACGUACUGUUUACGAAAUUUUGAAUCCUUUUUCAAUUUAUCAUCCAUAUUAGGAGCAACCUUAAAACAUAGUCGAAGAAAAAUGUCACAUGCCGGACCUUUGGAUUCGAUCCCGAAAGUGGACAUUGAUAAAGCCGGAAUUUUUAAGUACAUUUUAUUAAAAGUAUACAAUAAAAAUGAUCAAGAAGCUUCUGUCACAAUCGUAAGAGGAUAUGCACAUUGCAACUAUCAUUCGGAUAUAUAUGAUGAGGUACAAGAAAAAUUAUCCCCACUUGAAUGUGAAGUUCUUGGUGGAGGCCGUAUCUCCCAUGACUCAGACUUUAAGAGAAUUAAAAUAUAUGGCUAUUCCCAGGGCUAUGGGAAAGCCGACCAUGAAGUGACUGCAAAAAUCAUUAAAGAUUCUUAUCCUAAAUACACAAUCACUAUCAGUGAUGAAGGAUAU